AUGGAUCUCAAUGAUAUAAUCGAGUCUCAGCCUCACUACAUUUACAAAAUAUUUCCAUCCACUUUGCCCAUCCGGGAGCCACUUCCUAACAGACUCCCAGUUAGUGAGCUUGACGAACAAUCUGGAUUUAUCCAUCUAUCGACAGCAGACCAGGUUCCCAACACGUUGAACCUCUUCUUUGCGGAGGAGCCAGUUGUCUACGUUCUACGCAUCGCCUAUUCUGUUAUAUUCGAAUAUAUCCGUUGGGAGUCCCCAGAUGGAAAAAGGAUCGCUGAAGGGCCGGAAAAUGGGCUGUUUCCACACUUAUACAACGGGCUGAAUUUGGGCCGGAACGAGGUAGAGAGUAUCGCUAUCUGGCAGAAUGACGAAGGCUGGGAAGUAGCUCUGAAAGACGCAAACCGAUGGCUUGUGUAUUAA